AUGGGGGGGUGUGGACGUGGAGCCAGUAUGCUGUCUAUGGUGAAGAGCGGCGCAGGUGGGCGCUCGGGCAAGGCGCCGCCCAACAGCAGCGCCGUGCUGAGCAGCGCGGGCGCGUCUCGCGGCCAGCCGCCGCCUGCGCCGCCCAUGCCGCCCUCGCCGCCGCAAGCGCCCUGCGGCGCCGCCACGCUGACCGACCGCAGCGCCACCCUUACCGUCACUUUACACUCACGGCCACCUUCGGACACCACAUUAUAUGAUAACUUUGAAAUUUUUUCUUCUAAUCAUACCGUUCACAGUCACUGA